AUCAUAACAUUAUCAGUUAUUUAAAAAAAUAUAAUAAUUUUUUUUAAAUAAAACAAAAUAAUGUAUACUAUUCAAUUAAUAACAUUUACCAUGUUGGUAGCUGUAUGUUACGGACAACUGCCCGACCAAACGGACGAUGCCUUUCAACAGGAAUGUCUGGACUUAACAAAUAAAUACCGAAACCUACAUCACGUACCCGAUGUGAAAAUAGCUCCAAAACUUGUAAAGUAUGCCAAAGAUCGUUGUCAAUAUAUUUCGAAAUAUAAUAGUGGUCAUGUUGGACUAGAUAGAAGAAUUGGCGAAAAUUUAUUCGCGGCUGGCGUUGGAUCGACUGACCCGGACUUUACUGGCGCAAUGAAUACUAGUGAAGAUGCUGUUACUAAUUGGUACAAUGAAAAUCAAUUUUACGAUUAUAAUACUUACGAGUCAAUAGAUCCGGAAAAAGAGGUCGGACAUUUUACCCAAUUGGUCUGGAAGUUCACUACACAUAUGGGUUGUGCCCGUUGUUAUGGCCAGACUGGCCCAAUAAACUACAAAACUACAAUCGUAUGCAAUUAUACGCCACGCGGUAAUCUCGUAUUCAAUGGCCGGAAAACUCAUGGCCAAAAUGUUUUUCCACAAUAAAUAACACUUGAAUCCAAUAUAAUUUAUAAUAUUUAUUUUUAUUGAAAAAAUAUAAUAUUAUAAAUUAUGCAAGCUUAUCAAGAUAUAAUUGAUUUUUAAACUACCUAUCCUAAGAAAUUUCCAAAUUUUUAAUAAUUUUAACUU